GCCCAGGGGCAGCAGAUGUCCAACAGCAGCUCCAUCACCCAGUUCCUACUCCUGGCAUUCAUGGAGACACGGGAGCUGCAGCUCUUGCACUUCUGGAUCUUCCUGGGCAUCUACCUGGCUGCCCUCCUGGGAAACGGCCUCAUCAUCACCGCUGUAGCCUGCGACCACCGCCUCCAUACCCCCAUGUACUUCUUCCUCCUCAACCUAUCCGUCAUUGACCUGGCCUCCAUCUCCACCACUAUUCCUAAAUCCAUGGCCAAUUCCCUCUGGGACACCAGCGCAAUUUCCUAUUUGGGAUGUGCUGUCCAGCUCUUUCUCUUUACCUUCUUCGUAGCAGCAGAGUAUUGUCUUCUCACCGUCAUGGCCUAUGACCGCUACGUUGCCAUCUGCAAACCCCUGCACUAUGGGACCCUCCUGGACAGCAGAGCUUGUGCCCACAUGGCAGCAGCUGCCUGGGGCAGUGCUUUUAUCAAUUCCUUCCUUAACACUGCCACUACAUUUUCCUUACCCCUCUGCAAGGGCAAUGCUGUGGACCAGUUCUUCUGUGAAAUCCCCCAGAUCCUCAAGCUCUCCUGCUCAGACGCCUACUUCAUUGAAGUUGCGCUUCUUGUGGUCAGUGUGUGUUUAGCACUUGGCUGUUUUUUGUUCAUUGGGCUGUCCUUUGUGCAGAUCUUCAGGGCUGUGCUGAGGAUCCCCUCUCAGCAGGGACGGCACAAAGCCUUUUCCACGUGCCUCCCUCACCUGGCCGUGGUUUCCCUCUUUAUCAGCACUGUCAUGUUUGCCUACCUGAAGCCCCCCUCCAUCUCCUCUCCUUUGCUGGACUUUGUGGUAGCAGUGCUGUACUCAGUGGUGCCUCCAGCAUUGAACCCCCUCAUCUACAGCAUGAGGAACCAGGAGCUCAAGGAUGCACUGAAAAAGCUGAUUCCAUCAGUAGUAUUUCUUCAGAAGUAA